AUGAUGGAAUACGAUAACAUGAUGGAUGGCGAUUUCAAGGAGGAUUUUGGUCCUAAGAUCCAGGUGUCGGCAGCCGACCGGUAUCAUGUCGAUUUCGAGUUGAGUAAUGUCGACAUAUCUCUUGCGAACUCCCUCCGACGCGUCAUGCACGCCGAAGUCCCGACAAUAGCUAUUGACCUCGUCGAGAUCGAAGUCAACACAUCCGUCCUUGCUGACGAAUUCAUCAGCCAUCGGCUCGGUUUAAUCCCCCUUAAUUCUAGCGAAAUUGAUAAUCUGUCCUACUCCCGCGAUUGCGAUUGCGAACAGAACUGCGAAAGAUGCAGCGUAACUCUGACCCUACACGCCAAGUGCACGGGCGACGAAGUCAUGAAGGUGUAUGCUCGCGAUCUAGUUGUUGGCUUUAACCGACCUAACAGCGAGAUUGGCAACCCAGUCAUCACAGACCCUGAUGGACUCGGAUCGUUGAUCUGCAAGCUCCGGAAGGGUCAAGAGCUAAAGCUCAGCUGCAUCGCAAAGAAAGGUAUCGCUAAGGAGCAUGCGAAGUGGUCUCCUACUUCUGCUAUCGGCUUCGAAUACGAUCCACAUAAUAAGCUUCAUCACCUGGAUCUGUGGUACGAGCAGGACCCUGAGGCUGAGUGGCCGAAAUCGAAGUAUGCCGACGUUGAGGAGCCGCCUGCUGAGGGCCAACCCUUCGAUUAUGAUGCUGUCCCGUCGCGAUUCUACUUCGAGGUUGAGGGAAUCGGAAACAUUCAAUCUGAUGCCAUCAUCUUGGAAGGUGUCAAGGAGCUGCAGCGCAAGCUUGCCGGUCUGAUCCACGGGCUUGGAGAGAGCGAGGGCAUGAAUGGCGACUAUGAUGGUCCUCGCAGUCCGGAUGCAAUGGACACUGGCGCAGGCUAUAUGGAACAGGGCUACAGCACCCCUUACGGCAAUCCUGGGGCAGCCAGCGCUUGGGGGGGUGGAGCUACGGCGUACGGCACGACACCUUAUGGCAACUCUGGUUCUAACGGAUGGAGUUGA